AUGUGGAAAGUUAUUGCCGUAGAUCCUCUCUCUGGCUUUAUGUACUGGUCAGACUGGGGUGAGCCAGCAAAAAUUGAAAAAGCAGGAAUGAAUGGAUUUGACAGACAGCAGCUUGUGACAACAGAAAUCCAAUGGCCUAAUGGAAUUGCUCUAGAUCUUGUAAAAAGCCGUCUGUACUGGCUUGAUUCUAAACUACAUAUGCUGUCAAGCGUUGACUUCAAUGGCCAGGACCGUAGAAUUGUGCUGAAGUCUCAUAUGUUCCUUCCUCAUCCUCUUGCUCUAACAAUAUUUGAGGACCAUGUGUACUGGAUCGAUGGAGAGAAUGAGGCAGUCUAUGGUGCCAACAAAUUUAAUGGAUCUGAAUUGAUUACUUUAGUAAACAACCUCAACGAUGCACAGGACAUCAUUGUGUAUCAUGAACUUGUUCAGCCUUCAGGCAGGAACUGGUGUGAAGAGAACAUGGCAAAUGGAGGCUGUAGCUACCUGUGCCUGCCUGCUCCUCAGAUAAAUGAAAACUCUCCAAAGUACAUCUGUGUAUGUCCUGUUGGAUACUUGUUGCAGGAGGAUGGUCUGAGAUGUGCAGGAUUAAACAUCACUGGUCCCUCCGUUGCAACAGAAAGUCACCACCCAGUACUGAGAUUUAAUGACAGAUAUUAA